AUGUCUGCAUAUUAUUCUACAUUAAAAAGAGGGCUCAAAUGGUUCAGAAAAGUGGGUAUGGAAUAUUUAUUUGGCAUGGCGUUGGUAAACGCUUGGAUUAUAUACAACAUGAAAAAUGAGAAGAAGGUUUCAAAGAAAGAAUUUACAGAAGCAUUAAUACAAUCAAUUACUGGAAAAAAUAUAUGCCCUGAUAGAAAUCAAGUAACACCUACGGCCGAUCAUAUCCUUGAGAUGAGCGGUAAACGGCGAAAUUUUGUAGGGUGCUAUGAAAAACUGCGGGAAACCAUGAAGAGUUCCGAGGUGAAAAGGAAAGUAAAAAAAUUUAAAACAUACUGCAGAAUGUGCAAGCAAAAUCUUUGUGCGAAAUGUUUUAAAGACAGCCAUUAAUAAAUAAUUAAAUAAACAAUUUUUAUUUCUUUACUUUAAUUCUGUUUUAUUUUCGAUAUCCCCUUAUUUUUGUC